CCCCUGUUUAAGUAGUCGGAAAGGCCUUUAAACGUAAAUUUUGUUGAGAUGGCAGUGCGAAAUAAACAACGGUUUCACAUUCGAUGAAAGAUAUUGGCUAAUGAAUUUAGUUGGGUUAUCGAUAACGCCUCACACUAAUAUUGUGGGAUUUUAAAUUGCUGUCUCCAUCCAUGUACAAAAGAAGUUCACGAGGCCCGUUUAGUCAGUCAUCCUAUACAGAACCAGUAAUUAACCUUAGGAGUCCAGAUAAACUUCAUGAUCGAACUCAUUCGAAGAAGCAUCAUCGUUGUCAUAAAAGCAGAAGCGGAUCAAACCAUGGUUCUUCACCUGGUGUUGUUAGUGACAAAAGAACUCGUGAUUCAAAGUUUGGGCUAGUUGAGGAAUUUGAAGAUGAUGAGACGAAUAAACUUCAUUUAAAAAGUACCCAUAUUUGUGAAAAUCCAACAGUUAAUAAUAUUUCUGUUCGAGAUAACAGCUUGUUAUUCAAUGAUCCAGAAACCUUUGAAUAUGAGCCGUCUAAUAUGUCCAACUCGACUCCUAAUUUGGACCAUCUAUUCUCACGCGUACCUGGACAUCAAGCAAAUCAGGCUUUCAUUACCGAACCUGGAGAACAUGACCAAUAUAUAUCUGACGAUUCACAGAUACAACAAUUAUUUCCUGACAUAGCCCAAUCCACGCCAUGCUCUCCUAGAGUCAACAAACUUUUUGAAGAUCACUGUGUUUUAGACCCCAGUUUUACUAAUUACGAACAUUUUGGACAUAUUUGUCAACCAAAUACAAAUCUCAACACAUAUGAGUUUUACGAAUGUCAGCUGAGUAAACAGUUAACAAAGUUGAGUAUGCUUCACGCUCAACAAUUAAAUAUUCAGGUUUUGUUAGAGCGCGAAUGGCUUAAAUUGCACAAGCUGAAUUGUUUGAAAAUGGCUAAGUAUGGAUAUAACGAUAAGAGAAAAUCCGAAAACUAUGACCAACCUCACUUUCCAUUCAUUGAAAACACAAACAGUGCAAGAUAUGUACAUUCAGCAAGUAACACUAAUACAGUACCAAUCCGUUCACCUGAAAUGCAUAAUAUGAAUUCACUUAAAAAUCAUAAUAAUUUACUUUAUACAAAUAAAAAUUUCAAAUCAGCUGAAUGUGGAUUAAAUAUUUUAGAUAGUGACGAUAAUCAAGUAUUUAAUAUUGAUACAUAUAAUGAUAAUACUUUAACAAGAAUGCAAGAACGAAGUCGUAUUAGUGUAGAUGGAGAAACAUUCGACUUCAAUUCAAAUUGCCGCAUGAUUUCGCCAAAUUAUAUAUUAAAAGAUAGAAAACCUGUACACAAUUUGAAUUCAACCAUACUUUAUAAUAGGGAUCAACUUUACUCACAAGAACCACCGAAUCGUUUAAUUCAAAGUUCACAGUCAAACGGUUACAGAAAUUAUCCGCAAGUUUUUAACAAACAGUUAUACAAAUUAGCAGCGAAAAAUAAUUAUCAUUUGUCUGAAUUAAAUGAUCAACAAAUUAUCAAAAAACCAAGUGUACCAAAAAACGGUUCACCAUCGAAAGAAAGUUAUUUAACUUCUUCUGAAAUUGAAAUUCACUUACCAAGACAAAAUAAGUCCUAUCAAGCAAAUCAACAUUCAAAGAAGUCACUUCAGACUACUAUGAAUUCUAAUAAUAUCGAUAUAAACAAUCACAGCUUAACAAGAAUGCAUACAGAAAAACAGAAUUUUCAACAAUCCAAAUUCAAUAAAUAUUCAGGUCCUGAUCGAUCAUUUUCGAAGAAAUGUUUAAAAUCCGAUAGUAAAAAAAAGAUUUUGUUAAAUCGAGAUGAUUCAAAGCUACCAAUAAAUAGAUCUAAAAGUCCACCACAAACGUUUAUAUUACGUAAAAGUGUAUCGCAACCUUGUAUUUACAAAAAUGAUCUAAAUAAGGAAGAAAUUAACAGAUCGAGUCCUCCUCAAAAGCAUCCUCUUGUCAAACAAAGUAGUGAAUUGAAUGCAAACAGAUCAUCAGCUGAAUCAAUUGAUGGAGAAAUCUUGGAUAUUGAUUAUAAAGCUUCAUCAUCAUUAUUGUUUGAUCACAAUGAUAAGAAUAGUGAUAUGAAGAAAAUUACUUUUAAUGGUGUUGUUAAUUGUGGUAAUGAUCAACAUUGUUUACAAGAGACUAGUCAAUUGUUAUCAUCAUAUCCGCGUAUAACAAAACAAGUUACUAAAUUACCUAAACACAUUGAAGUGGAUAAAGAAAAAGAUUAUGAAUAUAGUUCAAAUUCGACAAGUCAAUCAAGUACUUCAAAUAUCACAAAUAAUCAUAUAAAAACUAAACAUAAAUCUAUGACCAAUUAUCACUAUAAUGAUAAUAAAUUAAAAGUUGUUCAUGCAAUUGAUAAUACAAAUAGUGUGAAGAAACCGAUGUAUGAACAAAAUAAAACUAGUUAUAGUAUUAUACAUAUUUCAAAAGAAUGUAAACAAAAUAAUACUAUUGAUCGCAAUGAUUCCUCCAUCUUGUCAAACUCUUUGUCCACGCUAAGAUUGUCAAAUACAACUGCGAAUCAACAAGACCAAAUUAUUAGUAGCAACUGCACUACUUCUAUGAUAAAGAGUAAUAAUAAUAAUGGUGAUUUGAAUAAAUGUAUAAAACAUACAUCCGAUGAUCCGUUGAAUAAUUAUGAGUUGGAUUUAACAAAUGACUCUGGUAUAUCAUCUGUGAAUAAAGAUUCGACAAUACCAAGUGGUGUAAUCUGUUUACAUAAAGAAAUUAAUCAUAUGGUAUUUGGUCCUUCUCGUAAUCUACUCAAUAAUGCUUUGUUGAAUUUCACAAUUAGUGAACGAACAAAUAGACCAACAUGGUUAGCUUUAUGUACGGAUGAAAUGAAAGUUUUUGUUUAUGAUUUAUGGACUCAUAGUUGUUUAACGGAAUUUAUGAAUCAUGCUAUUUCAUCAACAAGUCCAGUAAUACAUCUGUUCUCAUUGAAUCCACUAGAAUAUUCUGACAGUAAUUCAAAAGCACAUGUUGGAUUUCUAUGUGUUGUUCAAAAGAAUGGAAUUUUAACACUAUAUAAUAUAGCUACUCGAAAUAUGAUUUCAAGAACAAUAUUGGAAUGUGAAGUAUAUUGUGCUAGUUUAAUUCCAUGUCAAGGUAAACUAGAUCAAUAUUUACCUCAAUCUAUAUUCAGUAUUGAUGCAUAUGGUUCAUUAACUAUUUCUCAAUGGAAAAUUAUAACAAAUAAUAAAGACAGAGUUUUCAAUGAACCUACAAUAUGUGAUGAAACAUUAGAGAUUGGCACAAACAUUUUUAAAGAGAUAUCACGUAAAGGAAAACUUGGAGAUUUUAAAUAUUGUACAUACAUUCAUGACAACUUACAUUCACAACCCAAUGGUAAAUUGAUAUUACACAAAACAACCUUGAAUAAUAAUAAUAACCCAUCAAUGUAUUCAUUAAAUGAUAUAAAUCCAUGCGAAUUCAGUUUUAUUACUGCAGCUUAUGAAUGUACAAGAAGAAGAAUUCUGCGUUUAACCAAUUGGAUUUGUAAAAGCAAAGGUUUACGUAAUACUGUAUCAUACAAUAAAAUUUUAUCAAAUGAUCCUAACUCUAAGUUAAUUGAUAUGGCAGUUGUUGAAAGUGGAUGUUCUGGUAGUUUAUGUAUGUGUUUUACAAAUGAAAUAUUUUGGCUUAGUUUACAUACAUUUGAUAUCCUAUCCAAAUUUAAAUUACCUACAUUUAUGCAACCAAUUAAUUGUUUAACAAAAUCAUGUCCACAACCAGCUGAUUUAAAUCAAUCUCAGCAUAGACGUACAUGGAUAUCUGUAAAUAGAAAUCGUCUGUUAGAAAUUUCUCCAUUUGAAAGUCAACGUCGACUAGAUAUAAACGGCAGAAGUUGUUUGUUAGUUUGCCCUGUACUAUCAACUGAUUCACAGAUUACAACUGUUUCAUCGAGUUUAGGUAUUACACCCAUUAUUGCAACAGCUUUAGAGAAUGGUGAAAUUCAUAUAACACUUGUUCCUGAAUCUUGUUUUAGUUGUAUGGUAAGUCUCAAUUAUUUGAAAAAUCUGUCUAUUGUUGAUUCAUUUACUCGGAACAUUUGAUGCUUUUCGAAUAUAUACACAUCAAAGUGAAUAUGUGGUGUUUAAAUUUCCAACUAAAAUGUAAAAGUGUAUUGGUCACUUGACAAACAAUAAUUGUUUCAUGGUGAUACUGUAUACUUGUUCAGUUGUUUCAUUCAAACAUUAUUGACUACGCUGUUUUAGGACGGAAUAAGUUUCAAACGAAGAUCAUCAGAUAUGGAUUGAACAGAUAAAAAACUGCAUUAUAUUUACCAGAUGGAUAAGAUUAAUUUAUAUCAGUCAGCUUAAGCUUAUAGAGCACAGUGAUGACAUGAAAUGUAUAUCCAGAAUCUGUUUGCUCCUCCUAUUUUUCAGCUUAUUCUAAGUGUACAGUUACUUAGAUAAAUGUAUAUUGAAAAGUUAUAGAUUACACGAAAUCCUGCUCCGUGUUAAAGAUGCUACCAAGUAAUUAGUUUUUAAUGAUAAAAAACAAAUAUUUCAUUUAUAAAAGAACUAGUUUAUUGACCGGAACACCAAAUACGUUUAGUAUCUCCAUGGUAAGGAAACAUAAAUAUUCUUCCACCUGUUUCUCGUCAGUAAACAAUGUAGUUUAUUCGCUGAUGAAAAAAACGAUAGCUUUAUUUAAUAAAUUUGCACAGCGAUUAGGCACAAGCCUGUGAUUACUUAUUUUCGCCUAUUACUUAAGUUAAUUGUCUUUUACGAUUGUUAAUGAUUCACUAGUUGAUAUCAUUUUGAAUAAGGACUUGUUGUAUAAGUGUCCUAAACUAUUGCACAAUAUCUUGCAGUGAACCUAAUCACAGCAUUAUUAUUAUAAUGUGUGUACAUAAAGCUUAUACCACGAAAUACGUUAAUUAGUUUACAUUUGCCAGUAUGUCAUAAGAAAGUAGAAGCUCUGAUAACAGAAAUUGCUCGCUUCACCACAUACGCUAAUAUUUUGGAUAAUGCCGAUUCAAAUCCCAAGGAGAGCAUCGAUUCUCUCAAAAUCAAAAGCACACUUUUCAGACGAGUGUCGGCUAGCACGAAAUCUAUAAUAAGUGUUUCCUGAGGCCUAACUUCAACCACUUACCAACCCUCACAUGUGUGAGAUAAAAUGUACUGAAUCUAGAUCACCAAUAUACCAUAAAAGAUAUGAAGCAAAUCGAGACAAGCAACCAGUUUACUCCUGAUGUUAGUCUUCUCUUUAUAACUCCAAAGUCUACCCUCCUAUACAUAAUAAUAGUAGUAAUAUGUAAGCUUAUUUAAUACGGAAAAAUAUUGGUCAUGAAAGUUAGUUAGAUCGUAAUGCACUAAAACAUUCACAAAACUAGCUAAGAUUUCAGUAGUUAUAGUUGAAAAAGAGAUAUUAGAAAAUUAGCAUAUGUGUUAGCUACUAAAAAGGAUGAGCUGUAUACCACCACUUAAACAAUAUCACUCUUCUCUUAAUUAUUCUGCCAAUAUAACCAGCUAUUUAAUGUAUAUAUUUUUUAAGUACUUAUACUAAUCAGUAGUAUAAUUCGAGAUUUACUAAAACACUACAAGUCUGUGUGUGACCUUACGUUUAUAUUAUGGAAAAACAAGCCAUAUUUAACGACUAAUUAUCAAAUUAUUUACAGAAAUUCGGUGUAAAAUUUAGAAUAAACUGACAAGUAAACACUGUAUAUCAAAAAAUUUAUCUAAGCGUACUUCAUAUUCAUUAAUGUUAGACACAAUCUGUCACAUUUCAAAAAUAACGUGAUACCUUUCAUUCUUUUACGUCAACCGGAUAGUGAGUUUACAAUAAAGUUAGAAUGUUUCUUAAUUGUAAUCAAAACAUGAUAUUAGUUGAAAGUGUUGCUUUUCUUCAAAGACCUACAUCAUAUACAAAUAUGAUACAUAGAUCAUAAAUUUUUUUUAAUUCAAAAUUUCUUAUUUCAUUAGGUUGAAUUUUGUUCUCUUGGUUUCACUAAUAAAAAUGAAUUGGUGAAUCAUGUUGUGCAAGAUCAUUAUCUAGGCGAAUCAACAGAUGGAUUUCGAUGUAAUUGGGCUUCAUGUGAUUUAUAUCUACCGUUAAAUUGUUCACAAUUUAAUAAAGAGAUAUUAGAAAGUCAUGCUCAUCAACAUGUAUAUUCAUAAGGAAGAUUUAGUUUGUUUUUUUCAUUAUUUGAUUAUCAUUGAAAGUAUCAUUUAUUGUUUAAUAUUACUAUUAUUAUUAUUAUUAUUAUUAAUUUAUUAUUCAUGUCAAGUUUAUUUACAGAAAUACUCAACUUUUAAAUUUAAUUUCAUUUAAAACUACCUAAGAUUUAUUACGCAUUUUCAUCAUAUAUUUAUGCAUAUAUAUAAGUAUUUGUUUGAAUGAAUUGAAGGUAUUCCAAACAAAUUUCUAUUUGCUGAAUGACCAAUAUUUUUCUGUUUAUUGUUUUAUACUUCUAUUUUAGUAGUAAUUUUUCUUACAUUGUCAAUCAAUCAAUUAAUGGACACAUUAUCAUAGUAUUUUAAUAACUUUAAUGAGAAAUUAUGUUAUUUGCAUAGAUAUUAAUUAAUCGUUUAAAAAUCCCAAUCAUAUUAAAAGUUUAAUAUUUGAACG